AUGCUUUUCACUUUUAUCGAUUCUCUCAAGGCGCUCGUGCAAGCCAUCAAGGGUAAUCCUCUGCGGCGCAAUGGUCAUUUACGCCUCUAUCGGCAACCUGACUACGGCCAAGUACGACGCAUCAGUCCCAGCGACGUCCCGGAAGACUGGAAAUGCACAAAGGCUUUGCGUACCUCACACAGAGUUGAGAACGAGCCCCUGAGAACUUUAUUUGUCCUGACCAGUGACAAAGAGGUGAAAUCGUUGCCUUUUAUUAACUACAUGGAGGAACUUUAUGGUCAUGAGAUAAAGACCAUUACUAUCAAACCCCCGACACGUUGGCCGCAACCUCGGGGACGGGAGACUCUGAGGUGGGGAUUGCGUCGCAUCGAGGAUGCUAUAACAUCUAUCGAAGCUGACGACACCCUACUGGAAGAGAUCCGCAGCUAUCAUCGUGUGUUCAUCCAUUCGUCGGAGAGCGGUAUAACAGAACGCUGGAAGUUCCUCAAUGCUCUUCUAUCGCAGCUUGUCACUAGAUCAUCUAUAUGGCGUCUGAUCCGCACACUGCUACCUUUCACCGUCAACUUCGACUUCCCAUUUGUUUCCAUCUACGAUGCAGGGGAAGCAAAAUACGAGCACCUCGCUGUAGGCCAGGGGCCCGGUGUUCAAGAAGAGCUGUGGAAAUAUAGCGGACAGGACGGGGAAGAGCCUACCUACGGAAGUGCUGUGCAUCAUGUCUUUCCAGAUAUUGAUAGUAAAAACUGGCACAGAUUUGUCUCUCGGGAUCGUUCUGAGUAUCAAGUGGAACCCACUAGAGCGUGGGAGCACGUGGUGCCUUCUUGA